UUUUUGCCAGUGAUCUUAUCUUAGUACUGUAGGUGCAGGAAUAAGACUGCUUUUUGCUAGCAAAAUUGUGUUUUACUGGACAUAAUCAGUGAAAUGCCUAAAACCACCUAUAGGAUGCUGUGUUUCUGGUGCUAUUUUCAUGGUUUUUCCAUACGGAAAAAAGGCUUAUGUGAUUAUGCUGUAUAUAUGUGCUUGUUUGUCCUACAUAAUAACUUUUGAACGCAAAUCUGACCAUGACACAGUAAUCCAAGAAUUAUAAAUUCCUAGAAUCAUCAAGAAAAUAUGGGCAAUGAGUAGAAGGGAUGGGUACCAUGAAUCUCCUGGAGGGAAAGCCAGCAGAUCAGCUCAAUUGUAGACAUCAGAAAAUCUGCACAGAAAAUUGCUCUCGAGGCAAAAAUCCAUAGAAACCCAGAGUUCAUUAGUUCUACUGUUCACUUAUUUUUAAUUGCUCUAGUCAGUUCUUAGAAUUAUUUUCUCAAGCGAUUCAUAUUGUAUGAAAGUUAAGCAAUAAAUUUCACUGGGGCACUCCCUUGGCAGGUCUCAGAGUGCGGAGGCUGUGCAGGAAGUUUUCUGUAGUCUCUAUAAAUACCCAGUCAAACAGACAGUAAUCUCUAUCUCUCUUCUUCAGAUGUCUACUGCAUGCCUUGGAUACAUGCUCCUAAUCAGCUUACGAGAUUUCCUUGACCUGCGCUUCUCUUCCUAGUGCUGAUCUGACUAUGGCUGUCCUCAAAAUAAAAUUCACCAAAACUAAAAGGGACAAAUUGGCUCAGAUCUUAUGGAUCCUCAACUGGGUUUCUGUAGUGAGCGGGAUCAUUCUCUUCAGUCUUGGCCUCUUUCUGAAAAUAGAGAUCAAGAAGCGCAACGAAGUGAUGGCAAAAGGGGACAUCAACUCUGUCCCAAACAUGCUGAUCUCUGUAGGAGUCAUAGCAUGUAUCAUCAACUUCCUGGGUGGAAAAAUCUGCUACGACUGCUCAGAUGCCAGCAAGUUCUCUCGAUGGAAACUAGUUAUGCUCCCAUACAUAGUAUGUACCUUCUGUUUUACCUUCUGCAUCCUGGUGGGUGCUCUCAUGUGCUAUACCAUGAGGAACGAGCUGGAAGAGUCUCUCUAUCUGGGAUUGAGGGAUGCUAUUAAGUUCUAUAAGGACACGGACAUACCUGGACGAUGUUUCUUAAAGAAAACAGUGGAUAUGUUGCAAAUUGGAUUCCAGUGCUGUGGAAACAAUGGCUUUAGAGACUGGUUUGAAAUUCAGUGGGUAUCUGCUCGUUACCUGAACAUGGCUUCCAAGGAAGUUCUGGACCGUCUAAAGAGCAAUGUUGAUGGAAAGUUCUUGGUGGAUGGGGUACCCUUCAGCUGCUGCAAUCCCAGCUCCCCACGGCCCUGCAUCCAGUACCAGCUGACAAACAACAGCGCUCACUACAACUAUGAUUUCCUGACAGAGGAGCUCAACAUCUGGGUGAAGGGGUGCAGGGAGGCCCUGCUGGAUUACUACACAGCUAUUAUGAGAUCCAUUGGUAUCACAGCAUUGCUUAUUUGGUUGUUUGAGCUCUCUGUACUUGUUGGUGUCCGGUACCUACAAACAGCAAUGAAGAAUGUCCUUCUGCUAGGGGAUUUGGAGGGUGAAUCAGAUGGUUGGUUACUAGAAAACAGCUUUGUGGAAACUGCCAAAUACAACAUAAAUAUCAUUAAGAACCUCGGCAAAGCCAAUCAGAUCUCCACCAUCUCAGGCAUGAACGACCCCAACAUUGAUGUUCAAAACACAAACUGUGGCAAAAUCAAUGUUUCAACAAAAUCUAUCCCAGCAGCUAGCUAG